AAGCAAUAAGCAAGAGCAAUUGAUUUUCCGAGCUUUUGACAUAAACAUAAUGAAGUGACUGGAGCGUGAAAACAGAUGCAGUGAAGUUUAAAAUUCAUUAGGUAUUUUUUGACCUUGGUUUGAAGCCAAACAUUUGCAUCACUGAUCACAAUUAGAGUGUUAGCUUUGGCGGACGCGAUUGCUUUCAAGCAAAGUGGCUUUUCCAGAGAGGGUGAAAUGCUAGAUUUCGUAAGCACGUAACCAUGUCUGCAAGAGGAGUGUUGGUUUUUAUGGUAGCACUGCUUUCUUUUGUCCUUGGUGCCUCAAUCAAGGAAUCGGGAGAAAAUUUAUCCGAGCAAGCAGAAUGCCGUGGUGCGUGUAGUCUGGCUCGAGACGAGCGAUCCAGGACAGGAGUUAAGGUUUUAAGAGCCCUCUCUUGUAAGCACUGCCUGAACAGGAGGAAAGGUAAACAAUGGCUACAAGAGAGGACGAAGGAUCGACUUUUUUUCAUUGCAACGACCUUCACGAAACGCCAUCGAAGAUCUAUCUUUCUCGACCCAAGUCUUCCAACGUCAUCCACAGCGCUUAAACCAUCAGAUUGUGUGGCCAGCAGUGAAGACAAUUCAGUUCCUGAAAUGGUUAUCCCAUCCAAGGUCGACGUAGCCUUUGGACAAUAUGAAAAUACCAGCUACUGGUAUGUGAAUGUAUCAUGGACUCCAAUGAACGAUUCCUCUGGACACUUAUAUGGUGCUCUACUUAGUCUAGCCCUAAAUUUCAAAAACGACGUAAAUUGCACUGUACUGCGAAUGAAUCAAACGUUUCUCAACAUAAAUAUAUCCUUUUAUGGCUAUAGCUAUCCGGGACCUGUUUAUCUAUGGAUUCAUGGUCUUCCUUACCGCAAAAAAGUAAUGGAAACGGCUACAUACUACCCAAGUAAGUUUGAAUUACUUCAUGUUGAGCCUAAUGGACAAUGAUUGC